AUGGAAAAAUCGGCGGUCGUUGACUGGCCUCCAGCUAUAUCGGACUCGCAGCUCGAGGCUUUGACACUUCUGGCGACAACAUAUGCGUUAUCGCAUGGCUUGGUAUAUCUUCCUGCAGGGAAUGUGCAACCGCCAGCUCCUACCUCAGUGAUACACGCCCCCAUUGCCUUAUUUCCGUCACCGAUUCCUCGCCAUCUCUUCCUCCUCGCCCAGACACUACAGCGAACUUACAAUGUGCUCUACGCACGCGUUGCAACGGAUGAGAAGUUCCUGGAUCGUGUCAUGGGCGAGGUGGAAGGAGUGGGAAAGGUUGACGAGUUUACCGGCCAGCUGUGGCGGCGAUGGCGAAAGUUGCGAGACGAAGGCAUAGUUCAGCCUGUUCAACUCGGGUUGUUCAGAUCUGAUUAUUUGUUGCACGCUCCGGACGGUGCAGACCCCUCGCUGAAGCAGGUGGAAUUCAACACCAUCUCUUCGUCUUUCGGAGGACUAUCCCAACAGACCGCAGGACUGCAUAAAUAUCUGUACAAAUCAACUGAGUAUUACAAAAGUUCUCCCCAUCUAAAGAAAGAGAAUUUCCCGCCAAAUAACACUAUCGCCGGUCUAGCGGAAGGACUCGCUGAAGCUCACAAAGCUUACAAUGUCGCGAAUACCCGAAUUUUAUUCGUUGUACAAGACGGAGAACGCAACGUGUUCGACCAGCGCUGGCUUGAAUACGAGCUUCUUGAGAAACAUUCCAUCCAUGUUAUCCGGCAGAGCUUCAAUCAGCUCCUUCACUCCGCCAAGGUCGACCCAGAAACGCGUGCCUUGCGGGUAAUGCCGCCCAAUUCCCUUCUCUCCGACGGCUCAGAAUCGGUCGAGAUAUCCACCGUCUAUCUGCGCGCUGGAUACACACCCAUAGAUUAUCCGACGUCGGCGCACUACGACUUGAGAUACCUUUUCGAAAGCUCGCGGGCAAUCCAGUGUCCCUCGAUCCAGCUGCAGCUGGCCGGAGGCAAGAAAGUCCAGGAAGUGCUGACCAAGCCAGGCGUGCUCGAAAGUUUCCUAAUGAACGAGGCUCGUUGGGGGACCGGGGUCGUCCCUCGCGAAGAAGUGGACCGGCUCCGAGCAAGCUGGAUGGGCAUGUGGGGACUCGAUGAGGAGAUCGACAGCGAUGGUACCACUCACGAGGGACUGGGAGUCCUCAGGGCGCGCGAACUUUCCGCAUCGCUUGUGCUCAAGCCCCAGCGCGAGGGCGGUGGAAACAACGUCUACAAGGAGGCGAUCCAGCCAUUCCUCGACAGCCUGCCACCUCAGGAGCGCGAAGCGUGGAUCGCAAUGCGGCUCAUCGCCGUGCCAGAAGGAUUGGGAAACUACCUUGUGCGCGCCGGUGGAGGUACGGACGGCGCCGUAAAGACCGAGGUUGUUAGCGAGUUAGGUAUUUUCGGUUGGGCACUGUUUGGCGGUGCAGAUGGAGGCGUAAAGGAGAAGGAGGUUGGAUGGUUGCUGAGGACGAAGGGAAAGGACAGCAACGAGGGUGGUGUGGCGGCUGGAUUUUCUGUACUUGAUUCAGUUGUUCUCGUUGACUAG